AUGGAGACAGGGCUGUGUAACAGAGCUUACCUGCUGGUUGGCGGGCUUUGGACCGCCAUCAGCAAGGCUCUUUUUGCUGAGUUCCUGGCCACAGGGCUGUACGUUUUCUUUGGUGUGGGCUCCGUCCUGCCCUGGCCUGUGGCACUUCCUUCUGUACUGCAGAUUGCCAUCACCUUCAACCUGGCCACAGCCACAGCUGUGCAGAUCUCCUGGAAGACCAGCGGGGCCCACGCCAACCCUGCUGUGACUCUGGCCUACCUCGUGGGAUCUCAUAUCUCUCUGCCUCGGGCUAUGGCGUACAUAGCUGCUCAGCUGGCCGGGGCCACAGUCGGGGCUGCUCUUCUUUAUGGGGUAACUCCAGGAGGUGUCCGAGAGACCCUUGGGGUCAACGUGGUCCACAACAGCACAUCGACUGGCCAGGCGGUGGCCGUGGAGCUGGUUCUGACGCUGCAGCUGGUGCUCUGUGUUUUUGCUUCCACGGACAGACGGCAGACCAUGGGGUCCCCAGCUGCCAUGAUUGGGAUCUCUGUGGCACUGGGCCACCUCAUUGGGAUCUACUUCACUGGCUGUUCCAUGAACCCAGCUCGAUCCUUCGGCCCUGCUGUCAUUGUUGGGAAGUUCGCAGUCCAUUGGAUCUUCUGGGUAGGACCGCUCACAGGGGCUGUCCUGGCUUCGCUGAUCUACAACUUUAUCUUGUUCCCCGAUACCAAGACUGUAGCCCAGCGACUGGCCAUCCUUGUGGGUACCACAAAGGUGGACAAAGUGGUAAACGUAGAGCCCCAGAAGAAAGAAUCACAGACAAACUCAGAGGACACAGAAGUGAGCGUGUGA